CCGGAUUCAAAUAAAAUAAAAAAUUUGGCGGGAAUGCGCAAUAGUUUAAAAACCUCAAUCGAUAAAACGAUUCGCUUUGCAUCAGCUGAGAAAAACCUUGGGCAUGUUUCCUUAGUCUGUCAUCGUCGCGCGCGUAAAGUGGUGCUCUUUGUUAAAUAGGAAAGUAACCUCCUACGGGGUUACUAUUAUUUCCCACCUAAUGUUAAAAAUAUAGUUGUCACCAUCCAUCAGUGAAUGUACUAUUAAUCUACUCAAUAAAUAAUAAUAAUAAUUAGCGUUAUCAUUAAUAAUAAAAACAUUUAUCCCAACAAUUAAAUGAGUAAAUAAAUAAAAAAAAUAUGUACUGCUGUAAUUAAACACAAGUUUAUUUAAUUUAAAUAUCUACAUAUGUAUUGAGUCGAAUUGAAUUGAGUUUAAAAAAAAAAAAAAAGUAGUUAAGUAAAUAAAUAAAAAACACAAGUUAAAGUGUACGUCGUUGUCGUUGAUAUGACCAAUGGCUCUGACUCUGAAUAAAAGAGUUUCUGCGCGAUGCGCGUGGCGCGCUGCGUCGCAUAAUCUUGCGUAUCAGUGACCGUCAGUCAAUCGAGGCGGCAGUGGUGUGUUAAAAAAGCCCGCAACACGCUCUCAUGUGUGGUGGAAGUAAGCAAAAGCACGAUAUUAAACAGAGAGAGACAUAAGACAUUAAAUAAAUAAUAACCCAACAUAUUUUAUUUUCAAAUUAACCCGCGGUAAUAAGUAAAAUAACUAGACAAUUUGAAUUUUUAAAUUGACGCGAAGUUUUUAUACUUGUGUAAAUUAUUUUAUUUUUUGAAUUAAAUUUUUUUUUAUCAAUAACUUGAAUUUUAUUGACACGCGAGUGGUGAAUAGAGAAGGAGUUUACUGUGCGGGAUAAAGAGAAUCAGUUGUAAAAUAUAAAUAAUAGUAAUAAGUGAAGUAGGAAAUAUAAGUGGUGUAGAAAUAGAGUGGAGGAAAUAGGAAUAGAAGUAUAAGCGAAGUUUUAUUUGAAAAGUGUUGUGUGUGUAGACAGAUUGGGGAGAGGUCGUGUUUGUGUCGCGCGUGUACAGUCGGGAAAAAGAGUAAGGGAAUGAAAUGAGACGUGGACAUGAUCCUAGUGAUCCUAGUUGUUUAAAGAGCUGCAUUGUUCCUGUUAAACUUUUUGAUUUUACUACUGGUGACAAGCUCCUCCGUAAGCUUGCGGUCUUGUGGAGGCAACAAACAGACCGCAAGUGAAAGACCCGGGGAAAGGGAGACCAAGAGAGAGAGCGAGAGGAAGGGAGACUGUAAAUCACCAGUGGGAAAGAGACCGAGUAAAAUUUAGAGCUAGAGCGCAAGAAGGCGGGUGAAGCUGGGGAAAUACAUAAUACAUAUUUAAAUAGAAAGACGUGAUUAUUUGAGUCUGUCCUAGAUUUUUAACAGGUGAAUGUUAAUUAAUUUUUGUUACUUUGUUUUUUUUUAUAAACAGAUAAAUAUUUAUUGGUGGAAUAAUAAUUAGUAGUAAUUAUUGUUGUUUUAUUUUAUAAAUUUACCAGGUGAUUAUUAAGUGUUUUGUGCAAGUAAAAGUGUGUGCACAGAUAUAGUCGUGAUUAAGUUUUGUGUGGGUUGUGUACUUGUGCCGUGGCCCGGCCAUCAUGGCGAAUCCACGGAAAUUCAGUGAAAAGAUUGCGCUCCUCAACCAAAAACAGGCUGAGGAAACUGCUGCAUUUGAAGCCAUCAUGAGAGAAGUUUCUGAUGUUACUAGCAGGGUGGCGUCAGCAAGCAGUUCAGUAGGAGCAAGUCCUACUGGAAGUGGUGUACCAGAGACACCAUUGUCUGUGAAGAGUGCUGGUGCAAGUCCUCCUCAAUCAAGUGGCAGUAAGCACCUGCACAUAAGCAUUGGGAAUCAGUUCAGAGCUGGGGGUUCCUUGCCCAACGUUAACAACAACAUUGAAAAUCGAGAUACUGCUAAAGAUCCUUCUCCAAACUCUGCUGCUAUUCACUCUAUCGACCUUAAGACUGCGCUGAAUAACUUGGAGGAGAUGCAGCACAAUCCAAUGAUGUAUCGUGGUACCGAACGUGGUAGGAGUCUGGGAGUAGGUCCUAUGAGAUCACGACCCAUGGAAAAAAGGUACGACACCUCGCCGUACAGUGGUACAUAUUUAUCACCACCACCUGACACCUGGCGAAGAACAAAUUCCGAUUCAGCGCUGCACCAGAGUGCCAAUGAAGCUUGCCAAUCUAACUCCACGAUUCCUCAUCGACGAGGUAGCGAUACAUAUCAACAUGGAAUGGGUAAUACGACGAAUGACAACAGAGAUGGACAUCAUGGGUUUAUUGAGAGACCAAGAUCUUCCUGCGAGAUGCCAAGAGUGCCAGGCAUCCAUAUAUAUCCGAGUUCACAACCACCAGGACCACAAACGCCUAUUGGUAAUAAUACCGGAUCUCUACCAGAUCUUAGUAAUGUUCACUUUCCGUCGCCUCUUCAUACGCCGUUAGACCACGAGGAUCACUCGAGUAGUACACAGUACAGUAAUAACCAUUUAUCAGUGCCAGUUAACUCUAGAUUUCUUCAUACAAUGAAGCAUGGCGUGACGUUGGAAAAUAGUACAAAUAAUUCGCAACAGGAUUUACGCUCGUACGGACAACAAACUGCUCAGCAACCACCCUCUACAUCUCACAGUCCUGGUCACCACUAUAUUUAUCAACAGCCGCACAGUCCUGUGCCGCCACAAAGUCCUAAUGGAUCACAGUCCCACCAACUUAAUUCCUUAGGAUCGUAUCGCACUAAUCAACCAGUAAAUCGACCGUCUCCUCAAUCGUCGCCCAGUAUAACCCUUCAGGGUAGCCCUUUAAGCUACAGCAAUAAUCCCUCAGCACCACCGAGUCCUACAGGUCAUCCGGGAUCAACGGGUCUCACCUCCGAUAGUCUAGAUCAAAAUAGUUAUUUCCUCACUCAGGUGCAAGCUGCGGCGCUUCAGCAGACCUUCGAACAAUUCAACAUGACGGAUACGUCGUUGGAUCCAAAUUCCAUUGGGUCAUAUAUUGGGUCUUCAAAUGACACCUCUAGUUUUACUCAUAAUGACAUGAUUAAUGUCGGUGGUGAGUUGGGUAGCAACGACACGAGCUACUACAGCACGAGUCCUCAGAUGGCGUAUCAACCCAGGACGCCUACGACGACGCAACAACUAACGCCUCAAACGCCAAAUACACCUACAAUUAUAUUGACCGAUUUCUCGGGCACUGAUGACUUAACGAAAGAUCUCGGCUCAUCGAUAUCCAGCGACUUUGAUCCAGACCUGUUUGCUUCGGAUGAAGCUCUGAGACAGGGCUUAGGACCGAUCGACCUGGACGGCUUGCAGAUGCUCACUGAUCCUGACACGGUGAUAUCUGACGCAAAUGCCGAAGAUCACUUUAGAUUAGAUUGUCUUUAAAACUGAGAUUUAUUAUUCAAAAGAGAGCUCUAUGAUAUAUAAAGAGAUCUGAUAAAAGAUUGUACUUAUUGAUAUGUCGUUUUAAAUUUAAAUGUUAAAUCUCAGACGUUUGUUCUAUGGAAGAGUCUUAUGGUAAAUUAUAAAUAAUAUAUAAAAUACUAAUAAUAAUAAUUAAUUAAUUAAGUAAUUAAAUAAUAAAAUAAUAAAUAGUUGAAUUAUAAAUAAAAAUAAUAGAUGAAAAAUUAAUUACAGAAAUAAAUUAAAGGCACGUAGAUGCUCUCGCCUGUACCCUCCGUAAUUGUCAAUUCUUUUUUGAAAGUAAUAUGCUGUACUUUAUAUACACAACUAGUUAAUCAAAACCAGCUAAGGUAAAUCAUUCAAAUAAAUAUUUCAAAUUAUAUGACUAAUGAUAAAUAUUAACAGAGAGUAAUUAACAAGUGUAAGAUAAAUUUUAAAUUUAUGUUUAUUGACAAAAAUUUCAUUUUAUAUAGAUGAUAUGAAAGAUUUAUGCGUGACAAUUUUAUCCUCAAAUUUUUAAAAAUAUUUAUUUUAUAAAAGGCCAUUUAUAAAAUACGCUCGGGAGUCUAAGGUGACAUCACAGCUCAUAAAAAAAUUUGAAAAAUUUUUCUGGGUUUUCUUCAAAUUUAUUUUCUUUUUACGAUUGAGUCAUUCGUUUCAUAUUUUUGAACAUAAAUAUUUAUAUUUAUAUUCUGUCAAAAUGGGAGGGGGUUUAUGUGACGCAAUUUUGAUAGGGAUCGCAGAAAAUGUGACGAGAGUGAGGGUGUAAAGAUUAAAUUUUGUGUGUAUUUUAUAAACGGCCACUAAAUUACCAUUUUUUUUUUAAAUAAACAAUAGGAUAGAGGUACCGUUUUUGGCCAGUUUUGACCACUUGAAAAAUUUUAAUAAAAUAAUUUGCUAUGUAAGGAAUGAUAUAAUUAAUUUUUUUAGUUCGUUCAGACAUUUUAAUUACUGUAUUAGAAUGAAAAUUUUUUUUAUUAAUUAAAUUGAAUUAUUAAAUGUCCAAAAAUGGAGCAGUGGCCAAAAAUGAUACUUCUACUCUACAUAAAAUAAUAAAUGAGAGCAUCUUUAGUUGCCCAUCGAACUAGUAGAAAAUUGCGUUCAUUCAAUAGUUCUUUUCAUUGAUAAAAAAUGAAAAAAAAAAAAAAACAAAUCCGUCGAAUUAUUGUAAUACUGUCAGCCGAGAAACGUUAAUAUAUUUAUAUAUAUAAAUAAAUAUUUCAUUAAUUAUGAAAAUAACUGAGCUGAAGACAGUGUUCGUACUUAAAAAAUUAAAUAAAAGCUUAUUUGUACUCCGUUUUUUUUUAACUCGAAGUAUCUUACAACAACAAUAAUAAUAACAAUAAAAAUUGUAAUUUAAACAACGAGCAAGAAGGAAAUGUAUUAUGUAUUAUGUAAUUUCUUUGACUUGUCUCUUAUGUCUAUCAGAAAUAUCUUACGUUUAUAUUUUUACUGGAGUCAUUUUUGUAAAUUAACUUAAUGAGCACUUUGUUAAUUCAUCAAUUAUUAUUUUUUUUUUUUAUAAUAGAUUUGUGGUACGUUGAGAGAUAUUUGCAAUCAUUGAACAGUAAAAAAGUGUACAUGUAACAUGUACACUUGUAAUUAAUUGUUUUUGCUUGAAUAAGAAUUUAGAGUAAUGGUAAAAAAAAUGUGUGUAAGAAUGCAUACGAGUCACGAAACACUAGUCUCAUUGUUAUCUUUUUUCUUUUUUAUAUGUAUAUUUUUAAUUACAUAUUGAUAAUUUUUAUAAUUUAAAUAAUAAAUUGUUUGUUGAGGGAGAGAUAGAGUCAUAUAAAAAGACAAUUAGGGCAAUAAAAGAGCGAUUUAUAAAUUUAAGAAUAAAGUUUACGGGCGAAUGGAUGAAAAUAUUUAAUGAGCUAUUGGAUGUUGAGUAAUUGCGUGCGAGUUAAUUAUAAAUAUUAUUAAUUGUGAAUUAUGAUAAUUUUAGAUAAGCAGAUGAAGGUGUAAUUAAAUUGUAAAUAGCAAAUAUUAGAUGUCGUAUACAUUGAUAUUAAGAAAAAAAUUAAUACGAUUUAAAAGGUAAAUUAUUAUGUCAUUAAAAAAAGAUAAUUUAUUUAUUAAUUAUUACUAAUUAUGUUUAGUAGAUUUAUAAAUUUUAGAAGAUCGAUAUUUAUAUGAAUAAUUUGAAAGAUUGGUUCAUUUUUAUUAAAUAAAAUUACCGCGCAUCGCGCGUAUUCACGUAAUCUUUUAUUAAUCAACGAAUAAAUUUUUAAAUAAAAAUAAAAAUAUAAUUAAGAAUUUUUCUUACACUAAUUAUUGAAUUUUUGAUGUCAGUAGCGAUGCAAUAAUUUACAGAUUUAAUUAUCGUUACUAUAAAAUAAACAAUAAAUAAUGAGACUUUAUAAAAUGAAAUUUAAAAAAUUUUAAUCUCAAUUAUAUAGAUUUAUAAAAUAACAUUUAU